GUUCAACAGCCCGUAUACGUUCUCUCAUAAAUAUUCAUCUUUCUCAAGGCAAUGUAAUGGAACAAGAAGAAAAAAAAACGGUUUCAAGAAGAUUCUAUUCGAAUUUUAAAUGAGAUAAGUUGAAAAUCUCAUUAGACCAUAAUCACAUAAAUAACAGAAAUAAUGAAAUGGAUCAAGAAUGAAAACAUGUUUGAAGAAGGUUCUAUUGAAAUUUCAAAUGAGAUAAGUUGAGAAAAUAUAGUACCUAUUAAUACUUAAAAUACUUUCGAAUGAAGUUGUUGAAGUGCUACUAUUUGAUUCUACGAUUGAUUCUCUUACAUCACGAAAAAUAUGUGUCGAAAAUAGGGAAUCAUCUUUGUGAAUUUGGCGGUAUUUUCAGUAGGUAAUUCACAGUUAAAAUAAUUAUUCAAACAUAUAGUGAUUAUUUGGUGAUCACAGGCCAAAACUUCAUGAAGGUUUUGAAUCACCCCAUAUAUAACUCUGAAUCGAAAUCCAAUACAUUGGAAAAUAUCCGAUUUCAUUUCAAAGGUUUCCUCAUAGUGUAAUUCCAUAUCUAAGGAGGUAAAGUAUAGUAAGACAGAAGAGUAUUCACACAACAAAAUGCAAGCAAAUGAGCGAACAUUUUUGUUAGAUUUACGUGGAAGGAAUAAUUAUCGAAGUGAAGGAUUAUCAACUUUUUUCGCAGUUAUUUGUAUACUGGACGUUUUUGGUGUGUUCCCUGUUGUAUCUCUGCCCAAAGCAAUUAUAGAUUGUGGAUUUUAUGGAGUUUUGGUGAUCCUCAUUGUUUGCUCAACACAAAUCUAUACAGCAGCUCUGUUAGGAAGAUGUUGGAUAAUAGCAGAAGACAUUUUUCCUACCAUCCACAGAAGGAAUCGUCAACCCUAUGCUACAUUGGCUGAAAUCACGUUCGGCAAGAAAUUGUCGAGCUUCGUAACUUUCCUUUUAGAUUUGACAGUUUUUGGCGGAGGAAUACCUAAUCUCAUUGUCGCUUCACAGAAUUUGCAGCUUCUCGGACUGAGAAUAAGCGAUGGGAAAACUGACAUAUCGUAUUGCUAUUGGAUACUCAUUACUGGGACCGUAUUGUGUCCAAUACUUUGGCUUGGCAGCCCGAAAGAUAUGAAGUGCUUAUGUUCUACAUCGGCUGGAAUCGUAGCAUCAGUUUUCAUAUUGACCUGUGGUUGCCUGAUAUUUAGUGGUGGCAGCUCGGACAAACCUGCAUCUCCUGAGAGCCUGGAUUCUUCAUUUCCAUGGCAAUUGAUACUCAAAGCUUAUGGCAUUAUAGCAUUCCAAUUCGAUAUUCAUCCCUCAAUUUUGACCAUACAAGUGGAUAUGAUUGAUAAAACCCAACUUACCAAAGCUCUUUUUGGAGGAUUUUCAGCUACCAUUCUGAUGUUUGGAAUAACAACUGUACUAGCUGCCCUCAAAUACGGGGUGAUUACACAACCAAGUAUUCUGGAAACUUUACCUACCACGAUUCCUUUACAUUUAGCAGCAGCUUUAAUUGCAAUCCAACUGUGUUUGACAUCAGCCGUUAGUAAUAGUGCCCUUUACCAACAGAUGGAAGAUUGCAUGCAAAUUUCAAGAGAAUUCAACACCAAAAGAUGUAUUUUGAGAACCACUCUGACAAUUUUGGCCAUAGUAAUAGCCGAAUCGGUCCCACAAUUCGACCUAGUCAUGUCUCUAAUUGGCGGAGCCUUCGUCGCACCAUUCGCGUUCAUUCUACCACCCAUCAUGUUCCUGAAGAUGAAAUCUCUGAGGACGAAACACCUCGAAGAGUUGACCAUGUCUUCUAUCACGAACAUAGUACUCACUAAAGGAGUUGAACCGUCUCAAGAAAGUAUAAGCAGAUAUAUAAGAGAAGAUUUAGACAGGACAGUAGAGGAGUGGCCAAGAAGUUCUUUCUUCGAGGAAUAUCUUGAAGUUUACGUUUGCGUUUUUAUUGUAUUUGCUAGCACGAUUUUGACAGCAGCAACAAGUUAUAUUAAUAUAGCCAAUGCAGCAAAUUCAUACAGCGAUAUGUCCAACCCUUGUAUUUAUAAUAUUUCCAAAUCUCUGUUAUAUUGGUGAAAAAUAAAACAUUUAGAAAUUUCAUCACGUUAU